GGGACACAGCAGCUGGAAGAGCCGCACAGAGACGCCCCCCGACCCGCAGCAGCAGCAGCAGCAGCAGCCGCAGCAGCAGCAUCUCCUCUCCGGAUUAAACCCCCCUCUCUGCACCCCCAGCGUCUCCAGCCACCGACAUCACGCCGAGACAUGAGCUUCUCCCGCUGAACGUUAUUGAUGCUGAACUGAGCGGUCCGGUGCUAUCUUCCAGUGUUUCCCCUCCCCUCAGUUUUCCGUCUGUCACCUGGUCUGUGAGCAGCCAUGACGAAGUCCUACGAGUUCAACUGGCAGAAGCACCUGCCUGAGUUCAUGCAGGAAGGCGCCUCCUUCGACAGGUUUGAUGAGGACCCAUAUAUCUUUGAGCCCAACUGUCAGAUGAAGGUGGACGAGUACGGCUUUUUCAUCACCUGGAAGAGCGAGGGAAAGGAAGGCCAGGUUCUCGAGUGUUCCCUCAUAAACAGCAUCCGUGUUGGUGCCGUCCCAAAGGACCCUAAGAUCUUGUCAUCUUUUGAGGCAAGUGGAAAAACAGAGGCCGACCUGGAGGGCUGCAUCAUCUGCAUCUGCAGCGGCACAGACCUGGUCAACCUCAGCUUCAUGUUCAUGGUGGCAGAGAGCCCAGACACAGCCAGGGUACAUGCACACAUCUACUGUAUUUCCAAACCAUAUUAUAUAUUUUAA